AUGUAUGCAGAACGUCAACAACGUGAAGCUGGUAUAAGAACAAUGGAUCUUUUCAUCGUUCUUUUUCUGGCUAUAUGUUCGGUUUACGCUUACGGAUUACCUAAUCUUCGCUCUAUUUGGAAUAUUCAUCAAAUGACAGAAUGUUACUUCAAUAAUAAUGGUAUUAUCCUUCUUAAUUAUGGCUGUUACUGUGGUGCGGGUGGAUCAGGCGAACCCAUCAAUGAAAUUGAUAGAUGUUGCAUGGCUCACGAUUCAUGUUAUGACAAGGCGAUUAGUGAUCAAAAAUGCCUAAAUGUACUGAGCAUGUAUGUAGCCAGUUAUCAUUGGAAUUGUGAUAAUCGCAUCGCAACAUGUGAAACCAACUCAGAUGAGUGUAACAAUGUUGCAUGUAAAUGCGACUUAGAAUUUAUCACUUGCUUGCAACCAUAUGGAUUACCUAAGGAAAGUGCCAUUUGUACCGAAGUGAAGACAACCAGCAAAUACUCAACUACAGAUAAGGCAGUAAACUUAACUACGAGAUCAAGUACUGCUGCAAAAAACGAUGCGUCAGUGAUAUCCACGUAA